UCCUGUUCAAGAUAGUCAUGGCUCUUAAAGCGUUACUAUUAUUGGCCUCCAUUGCAGUGGUUGCAGGUAAACCAAUGUACUCUGGAAAAAGAUUUGUUGCAUCAUUUUUCCCAGUUUUCAAGACUGGAUAUACGGAUAAAGAUGCUGGCAGUCUCUACAUCGCUCACAGACGGCAGGGAAACUGCACCGUCAUCAACAGCGACGGCAAUAUACAUAACAUACAGCUUCGUGACAACGUCACGGUAACACAGUUCAAUCUGCCCCUCGCGACGGAACUAGCACUAGGAGGCUAUGUCCAGAAACGUGCUAUAGAACUUGAAUGCAAAGUGUAUGUCAACCUAUACAUUUUCAACCGACGACAUACAAAAGGAGGUUCUGAAGCAUAUCCUGUUCUACCGGUCGACUCACUGUCUGUGAGCUACCUGGUGCCUUCUGUAUCACAUAAUCCUCUUCUGGGCGUGGUCGCCGUCUCAGACAAUACAAAUGUGACCAUUCAGCUGAAAUCUAUAAGGGAUUGCACUUACACAUUCAAUGGUACAACAUACAGGCAUGGAAGCGAGCUUACUGCGGUUUUAGGGAAAGGAGACGUUCUCCAAAUAGCUCCUCCGGUUCUCCAUCCACCUAUGGACUGUGAUUUCACCGGGUCAGUUGUGAAGAGCAGCGAUCCUGUUGCCGUGUUCACUGGCUCUGUUACCGCUAAUCUUGAAGGGGAUAGUACUGGAGAUUCUGUUAUGAGUCAAAUACCUCCUGUCGAACUGUGGGGAACAAGUUUCAUUGUCACCCCGAAAACAGCAUAUGAAAGAUGUUUGAUUAGGGUCAUUGCAUAUUACAAUCACACAAUGCUUCAACGCUAUAUAUCAUACUAUGAGGAAAAAGCAAUUAUUGAUGAAGGAGAAUCGUACGAUUUAGAUUGUUACCCUUCAGAUAGUGUCCAAUAUAUCAACAGCACAAAGCCAAUACUUAUCCUACAAAUAAUUGGUGAAUAUAGAAGAUACAGCGUUUUUAGUUCCAUCGUCCCCGCCAUUGAUCAUUAUGGUCUUGAAUAUCUUAUACCUGACAUUCAAACAACGGGUAUGAACUAUGGCCGUCGUAUCGUCAUCGCUACCAGUUCCAACUGUUCGUCACACAUUGACGUUGAUGCAAAAUGGGAGUCACAGUUAUCGACAAAACAUCCCACCGAAUUAAUCUCUAUCACGGCGCCUCAUAACCUGACAGCCGUACGAAGUGACUCGCUAAAAUGUCCGUUUGCUGUGCAUGUCACUGGUAUGGGAAAUCAGGAAAUGUUUGGUUUCUACGCCAUUAGAAGUAUGUCUCAGGUCGAAGCUCUUCCGGACGCUGUUGAGUUGACAUGCUCACUAGGGACCUGGCACGUGACUAUCGACUUACACAAACUAUCCACAGCCUACCCAGUCGCUGUUAGUAAGAAUAUCUACAUGGCGAACACGUAUUGUCCAGGAGUCCUCGACGGAGAUGUCCUCGUCUUCAACUUCUCCUACAACGAUUGCAAUACGAUUGGCAAGACAAGCAAUACAUCCAUGACGUUCAGCAACUAUUUGACUGAAUAUGAAAGAGACCCGGAAACCGAUCUGGUGAUCAGUGAAAGGUGGCGCUACAACAUCGGAUGUCGUCUUCCCAGGUCGGAAACUCAUGUCAUCAAUGUUGUCCUGAUGAAUCCAGCUGUUGUGACAGGAGAAACAUCUGGCAGUGUCAAAGACCAUGAAGCGGUCAUCAGGUUUUACAGUGACGGUGCUUAUACAAAGGAAAUUAUGGGAAACCCUUUGAAGGUGGAUCUUGGCUCAAGUGUUUAUGUUCAGGUUGAGAUGAGGGAUGUUUCUGAAGCAAAGCUGUUGGUGGACAACUGCUACAUCAGUGACAACACCUCCACAGUUCUGCCACUUAUUCAAAACAGAUGUGCUGCCAAUGCCGCCACCCAUGUAUUAGGCCACGUCGACAAGUUCACACGGUUCUACUUCGAAGCUUUUCAACUGCCCAUCAACCACAACAAUCUCCACGUCAAUUGUGACGUCACUUUCUGCUCAGUCACAGACUUUUCCCCGGAAUGUCAAAGUGGAUGUCAAAAGACGUCCCAGUAGGGUAGUAAAUCAGUAAAAUUAAAGAUGCGUCACAACAUUA